UUUCAGUCGGGCGUUGUCGCUGUUGCUAAACAGACGUGUGUUUCGUUCACUCUUUUUAAAGGACCUAACUAUCCACCUUAAACUAGCAAAAUGUCGCUGUCUGGUGAUAUGGAAGAAUACGUGGAAGUGCCAACUGUGCUGCCAGCGGCCGAUUUCGAUCCAGUGGCCGACGCCCAUGCAUUGCGCGCUGCGAUGAAAGGAUUCGGCACGGACGAACAGGCCAUCAUCGACAUUCUGUGCAAACGAUCCAACGCCCAGCGGCAGGCCAUCACCGAAGCUUACAAGAAAGAAUUUGGUCGAGUUGAAGAGGGGAGCAACAAAAAUCCCAGGCAGGAUUUGAUUGCCGAUCUGAAGAGCGAAUUGGGCGGCAAUUUCGAGAAUGUCAUCAUUGGUCUGAUGUUGCCUACCGAUGAAUAUUGCGCCAAGCAACUGCACAAAGCCAUGAAGGGCAUUGGAACCAACGAAGAUGUUUUGGUGGAAAUCCUCUGCUCCCGACCAUAUGAUGAAAUUGUUCAAAUCGCCGCUGCUUACGAAAAGCUGUAUGGUUCCACACUGGAGGCCGAUGUUCAGGGAGAUACAUCCGGACCAUUUCAGCGCCUGCUCGUUAUGGCCCUCCAGGGACUUAGAGAUAAUUACGCUUAUGAUCCAGUCAAGGCUGAGGAGCAAGCUCAGAUUCUCUAUAACGCUGGUGAGGGAACUGUCGGUACGGACGAAAACGCAUUUGUGGAAAUUUUGGGUCACGCUGGCCAGCGUCAUGCUUACCUGAUUUUCCAGGAAUACAAGAAGAUUUCUGGAAAAACCAUUGAACAGGCGAUGGAAUCCGAAAUGUCUGGAGAACUCCUUCAUGGUCUACUAGCCAUGGUGAAAACCGUUCACAACCGACCAGCCUACUUUGCCGAGCGCUUGGAAGUCGCCAUGAAAGGCUUGGGCACGGAUGACGACGCCCUGAUCCGCAUCAUCGUCAGCCGUUGCGAAAUCGAUCUUGCAAAUAUCAAGUUUGAAUAUGAACGCAUCAACGGCAGAACACUUCUUAGCGCAGUCAAGAGCGAGGAAGAAGCGGGCGAAACUUCAGGCGAUUAUCGUAACGCUCUUCUUGCCCUCAUUGGAUCUGCUUGAAUUUACCGAUUCAACUUCAUGAUCCCGGGCCGUCGAGCACAAAUGGCGAAACCCUCUUCCAGUAUAUCCAGGAUUGUAGUCACCCUUAUUCGUGUUUACGUGUUAUCUUCGUGAUUUUCUUUUAUCACUUUGGUAAACUGGUUUAUUGGUUAUCUAUGGGGCUUUGCAGCGUUCUGUACGUCCAUCAGAAGUACACCAAUCCAUUUUUUUUUUUACUUUCGAUGAUGGUGGUAGUUUCCGUACCCUAUGAGCUCUCUCCAUUUUCUUCCGAACAUCCACCAUUGCCGAAUGGUCAACAUUUUCUUCACAUUUAUUCGCCAUUUCAAUGUGCUUCUGUAUCUGAUUUGGCAAGCUUUGAAUACAUCAGUUAUUACUGUC